UUGUCAGUCCGCCCCUGCAUGGGAUAUAUAGUCCUUAGAAAUGGAGGAGAAGCUGCAAAGCAUGCAGGGAAUCCAGGAAAUCUCCUUUAACCCCUUCCUGCCUCCUGGCCCUUUAGGAGGUUCUAAAUGCUGGGAGGCAGGCAUUUCAAUCAUGUGACUGCUGUGCAGGGGCGGACUGACAGCUCAUGGGGCCCCCGGGCAAUAGGGGAUCAUGGGGCACCUGUGUCCUUGCCCAAACUCAAAAAAGCCUAUGAAAAAGGUACCAGGGGCAUCUCAUGGGGCCCCCUACUGACCCCGGGCCCUCGGGCAGUGCCCGAGUUUCCAAAUGGUCAGUCCGCCCCUGAGUAGGUGUAUUGCAACACUGAGAGACAGAAUAGCAACACAAAAAUUCAAAAGAAAUGCAUGUCUAGCAAAUUAUGCAUUGAUUUGCAUGUUCAUGAGGGAAAUAAGUAUUUGAUCCCCUAUCAUUCAGCAGGAU